CGCUGCUCGGCAACAAGGUCUCUUCGGACAGGCAGCUGCGCAGUAGCAAGCUGGCAGCAAGAUGAAUCCAGAUGUCGAAGAACGGAAUGUCAUCAAAUUCGACCCACCCGUUUCGGUUCAGCGAUACAUGGAGGUUUGCAGGAUCCUAUCGCAGGAUACCACAGUCGAAAAGGUUGUUGAUUUUGGCUGUUCAACGGGCCAGUUCUUCAGGCAUCUCAAGGAGAUCAAGCAUGUUAGGAAAUUUGCUGGCGUGGACAUCAGCUACGGCGUCUUGGAGGACGCUUACCGGAUAGCACGACCUCUAGCCUGGGAAUGCUUAUACAAGCGCCCACACACUCUGGAUGUGCAGUUGUUUAAGGGAAACAUCUCGAUCAAGGACUCGCGACUGUGUGGUUUCGAUGGUGUCACGUGCAUCGAGCUUAUAGAGCACUUGCAUGAGAGCGAUUUGGAGGGAAUGCCUGAAACCAUAUUUGGUUUCAUUCAGCCAAAGGUAGUUGUGAUCACCACACCAAACAGAGACUUCAAUGUGGUCUUUCCUGAUUUGCAAGGAAUGAGGCACUGGGAUCACAAGUUUGAAUGGAGCAGAGCCGAAUUUGAAGAGUGGUGCUCGCAAGUAUUGAAACGCUAUCCUGGCUACGCGGUUCAAUACAGUGGUGUUGGAAAUGCGCCGUCUGCAAAGUAUCAAGGUGUUGGCCAUUGCUCCCAGAUUGCAACGUUCAAGAGAUUGUGCCAAGCCACUUACAGACCUGAAGACAACAGGCAGUCUUUGCUGCCCUAUGAACUUGUGUUUGAGACAAGUCACCCUGGCAAAGAUGAAGUGCCCUCUGUGAACAAUUCUGAAGCAUCUUCCAGCACUUAAGGGUCUUUGCAUAUGAGGCGUGAGAGGACAGUGUGUGACCGCAUAAUUUUAUUGAUAAGCUGUGGCAUUUGUGACUUCAUACAACAGAGUGACAGCUUCAUGCUAUUCAUCGGUGCAAUAUGUGACACUUCUCUUUGUGUGGCUCAUUGCUCUGCAGUGACUCGAGUGCAAUGUAAGUGUCGGUCACAGAGAUUUAUGAGGAGCUUCAGAGACUCGGGCCUCGUCUUGUUGGUACUUUCAAAUGUUUUGUGGGAAAGGACUGUUCUUGCUGAGCUUCUAUGUUUUCCAGAGUGGUUCCUGCUUGAAAGUUUGCCGGGCUUCAUGCCUUAGCUGUUAAUUGCUAUUAUUAGUUUUCCAUACAUGCUACCAAAGUGAAAUUCAUGUCAGGCGUGUGUUCUUUGUUUUUAGCCAUUCCACACUUCAAGGACAGCCACAGCUAUUACCUUGGAUUUAUUUAAAAUUGAAAACACUUCAUUUUCUGUUUCUAAAAAAUAAAUGCUCUUGGUAGCACCAUUAUUUCUACUUAUUUUGGGUCAAUUAAAUGUUUGUGUAGUUAAUG